UUUCUUCCUCAGCUAGCAUAAAUUUAACAGUUAUUAUUUAGAGAUAAAAAAAAGCGAAAGUUUUACCAAAAAAAGAACAAUUAAAAAUGCCAAGUGAAAUAAUAACUCUUCAAUUGGGCCAAUGCGGAAAUCAGAUUGGUUUCGAGUUUUGGAAGAGAUUGUGCCUGGAGCACGGGAUCUCUCCUGAUGGCGUCCUUGAAGACUUUGCUACCGAUGGACAGGAUCGCAAGGACGUUUUCUUUUAUCAAGCGGAUGACAAUCAUUAUAUACCAAGAGCAGUUCUGCUGGAUUUGGAGCCCCGGGUCAUUAACAACAUCAUGACCUCUCCAUAUGCCAAGCUUUACAACCAAGAAAAUGUUUAUCUCUCAAAACACGGUGGAGGAGCGGGAAACAACUGGGCCUCUGGUUUCAGCCAAGGAGAAAAGGUUCAGGAGGAGGUUUUCGAUAUCCUCGAUCGGGAGGCAGAUGGCAGCGAUUCGCUGGAGGGGUUCGUUCUCUGCCACUCGAUAGCUGGCGGCACAGGAUCCGGAAUGGGAUCUUAUGUCCUGGAGCGUCUCGCGGACCGCUUUCCCAAAAAACUUAUUCAAACAUACAGUGUUUUCCCCAAUCAGGAUGAGAUCAGCGACGUGGUUGUCCAACCAUACAACUCGAUUCUCACUUUGAAGCGACUCACGAAGUGCGCAGAUAGCGUGGUGGUCCUCGAUAAUACCGCUCUAAAUCGCAUCGCCACCGAGAGGCUACACAUCCAGACUCCCACUUUUACGCAGAUCAACAAUUUGGUGUCCACCAUCAUGAGCUUGAGCACCACCACUCUGCGAUAUCCCUCUUAUAUGAACAAUAAUUUGAUUGGUUUGACUGCCUCACUUAUUCCCACACCAAGGCUGCACUUCCUGAUGACUGGAUAUACUCCACUGAUCACAGACUACGAGACCAAAACAAAUGUGCGGAAGACCACCGUGUUGGAUGUGAUGCGCCGCCUUCUUCAGCCCAAGAACAUGAUGGUGUCAGCCACAACUGACAAGCAGAAUCGGCAUUGCUUCAUCUCGAUUCUAAACAUUAUCCAGGGCGAGGUGGAUCCCUCCCAGGUGCACAAGUCUCUGCAGCGCAUUCGGGAGCGAAAGCUGGCCAACUUUAUUCCUUGGGGUCCCGCGAGUAUUCAGGUGGCCUUACCGCGUAGUUCUCCGUACGUCCAAUCGGCCCACAAGGUUUCCGGGUUGAUGAUGGCCAAUCACACGGGAAUAAGUGCGCUUUUCAAAAGGGCCCUAACCCAAUACGAUAAGUUAAGGAAGCGCAACGCCUUUCUGGACAAUUUCCGUCGAGUGUCCAUGUUCAAGGAUGAUCUAACCGAACUUGAUAUUGCUCGUGACACAGUAGAUUGCUUAGUACAGGAAUACGAGGCGGCCACUCAGAUAGACUAUCCGCAGUGGAGUCCACGAUUGGAGGCUUCCAAGGCCGCCUAAUUUAAAAGUUUACGAACAAUUUUUAACACAACACUUUUAAAGUAUAUUUUGUUUAAUCAAGCAACCCUAGAAGUUAAAUUCAAUAAACCUUUCUUUGAAGC